AUGCCUUCUUUCAACCUUAUUCAGAUCAGUGCUCUUCUUGGGCUCUUGGGAGGAACAGCUGCCGCCGUCACAGGCAGGGGAGCAAUCCCUGUUGGAGCCAAGAUUGUAGAGAAGCAACCUAUCGAGUUUUUUUGUGAUGGACCCAAUGGGCCAUCCACAUCCAUCACCACUGCCACAAGGACCUUGACCCGUCCCCCUGGUUCAGCAAUCACAGAUGGACCGAUCGUCAUCAACGGCCCUGUUGAUUUUAAUUUCUUUGGGCAGUUCCCAGGCGAUUUGGCCUCGGGCCAUUAUCCCUGCAGACAAUGCGCUAAAACCACGAUCACGAGUGACAUUGCCGCCUGUCAGACUCGGCUACCAGGAGUUGAUGGAGCUGUUCCCACUGUUGUGUUUGUUGUCCCCCAUUGCGAAGCAUGCGAGACUCGCACUACUACGGGCCCCGUACCUUAUGUGACUCGAGUUCCUGCAACUGGAGGCGCUGAAAAGGACACAAUCAUUAUUUGUGAAGAAGAAGAAACUACUGGCUCUGUUGAGGUUCCCGGUUCUGGCCCUGAACAUUACAUUCCUGGACCCAAGAAUUCCAAGGGCUUCGCUUCUGAACCGCGCCCCUCUUCUGAACGCCCCUCUUCUGAACGCCCCUCUUCUGAACCCAAGCCCUCUUCUAAGCCCGGUGCUCCCUCUCAACCCGGUGCCUCCUCUCAACCCGGUGCCUCCUCUCAACCCGGUGCUCCAGCUCAACCCGGUGCUCCAGCUCAACCCGGUGCCUCUUCUCAACCCGGUGCCUCUUCUCAACCCGGUGCCUCUUCUCAACCCGGUGCUGCUUCUCAGCCCGGUGUCUCUUCUCAGCCUGGUGCCUCUUCUCAACCCGGAGCCUCUUCUCAACCCAGUGCCCCUUCUCAGCCUGGUUCCUCUUUUGAACCCAGCGCCUCUUCCAGGGUCAGUAAUCAGGGGAUCAACAUCAGCUCUAACAGCUCAGCACCCGGGGGACCAGGCUCCGGAAUGCCCAAGUCUGGCACGUCUCACACGGACGCUGACAAGGCUGCAAUUUAUUUCGUUGGUUUCAUGGCAAUGUUUGCUGGCUGGAUGUAA